UUUUUCCUCAUAGUGCCAGAUAACAUGUCUUUCUGCUGAUACAUUGGGUAAUUCUGUUUCAUUUAGUGAUUAUAAUAACCUUACAUAUUUUCUUUUUUCAGUCACUGAACAGCAGAUUUCUGAGAAGUUGAAGAUUAUUAUGAAAGAAAAUACAGAACUUGUACAGAAAUUGUCAAAUUAUGAACAGAAGAUUGAGGAAUCAAAGAAACAUAUUCAAGAAACUAGGAAACAAAAUAUGGUUCUCUCUGAUAAAGCCAUUAAAUUUAAGGAUAAAAUCAAGACACUUGAAAAAAAUAAAGAAAUUCUGGGUGACACAGCUAAAAAUCUUCGUGUUAUGUUAGAAUCUGAGAGAGAACAGAAUGUCAAGAAUCAGGAUUUGGUAAGAGUUUUGCUGCUAACUGUUACUAAUAAUUUGGUUUUUGAACUCUGUAGAUGGAUUUGAACUUUUCAUUUUCCAUAGUGUUCUGUGAAGUAAGAGUGCGAGUCAGGGAAGUUGAACCUACUUCUGUCCGUUUUUGUGGGAUUUUAAGUACUUAUGCAAGAAGUUACUCUUAUGGGCCUAGGAAGUAUUUUGGUUCUCAACCCUAGGUAAUUGUUGUAUUGCUUGGCUCUGUCCCCCAAAACAUGUGGAGCAACUAAGAAACCACAACCCAGUUGAACAGUCCCUGUGUUUUGUUUUGUUUUGCAAAGUUCUUUUUUCACUGUAAGCAUUUUACUUUAUUAAUAGAAUAGUUUCAGAAUGACAUAAAAAUUGCAAAGAUAGUAAGGAGGGUUCCCAUAAAUCCCACAUCCUAUUAAUCUUGAUGACCUGACUGAGCUUAGUAUUGCCAGGUUUCUUCACUGUAAAAUUACUUUUUUUUUUUAACCUUUUGCAUUAUUGUACUCUUUGGAAGGAAGUUAGUAACACAGCUCACAGUUAAAAAGUGAAGGAUUAUGCUCCAUUCCCUUGAGGAGCUAGAAUCUUCAUAAAU